ACCAAAACUUCUUUCCCACCGUGACCAGUUCUUGAUAUAAAAGCGGGCUCCGACACCUGGAGCCGGUGGGCAGGCGAGGGGUGGCGUUCUCUCUGGGUCCCUCCGCUACUCCCAUCCGCCGCUCAACGCCGGCCUUCGGAUCUCCGGUCGUCCGGAUCUGUUCUCGCCGCUGAACUUGGAUUCCAGGUGGUGGUUCUCAAGGUUCUUGGAGUUGGAGGUCUCAUCACAAUGCCUGUAUGUUGAUCUUCUUGGCCAUCUUUUUAAUGAGUCACCUUUUGUUUUCGACGAUGCAAUGAUAAUAUGAUCUGGCUAUAUCAGGCUAAACGUGCUACCAUAUUGGCAAAGUCUAUGGAGCUUCAAAGCUUGCUGUUCAUCUCCUUAUCUCUUAUUCUUUUAUGUUCUGUGGACCAUGUCAUUUGUGGCCGCACAAGUACUUUCAUCCGGUCUGAAUGGCCAUCUACGGACAUCCCUCUAGACAAUGAGGUGUUUGCAAUUCCAAAGGGAUACAAUGCCCCACAACAGGUCCAUAUUACUCAAGGUGACUAUGAUGGAAAAGCUGUUAUAAUUUCAUGGGUGACGGUCUCUGAACCUGGGACCAGUGAAGUGUUAUAUGGUAAAGAGGAGCAUAAAUAUGAACAUAGCGCUCAAGGGAAAACUACAAAUUAUACAUUUUACAAUUAUAAAUCUGGAUACAUACAUCACUGCCUUGUUGAUGGACUUGAGUAUGACACCAAGUAUUACUACAAGAUUGGAAAAGGGGAUGCAGCUCGUGAAUUUUGGUUCCAAACACCUCCAACGAUUGAUCCAGAUGCUCCCUACAUUUUUGGCAUCAUAGGUGAUUUGGGUCAAACAUUUAAUUCUCUUUCUACCCUUGAGCACUACAUGCAAACUGGAGGACAGGCUGUAUUAUUUGUUGGAGAUCUGUCUUAUGCUGACAGAUAUGAAUUUAAUGAUGGCAUUCGCUGGGAUUCAUGGGGCCGGUUUGUUGAACGUAGUGCUGCUUAUCAGCCAUGGAUUUGGACUGCUGGAAAUCAUGAAAUAGAGUACAGACCUGACUUGGGUGAAACCUUCAAUUUCAAAGCUUACAAGCAUAGGUAUGCAACCCCUUAUGUCGCUUCCAAAAGCAGCUCUCCCCUUUGGUAUGCAGUCAGGCGCGCAUCUGUUCAUAUCAUCGUGCUUUCAAGUUAUUCUCCAUUUGUUAAAUACGCUCCUCAAUGGUUCUGGCUGCUGGAGGAGCUGAAGCGAGUGGACCGGGAGAAGACACCCUGGCUUAUUGUUCUCAUGCAUACCCCAUUGUACAACAGCAAUGAAGCACAUUACAUGGAAGGUGAAAGUAUGCGGGCUGCUUUUGAAAGUUUGUUUGUGCAUUAUAAAGUCGAUAUUGUCUUUUCUGGGCACGUCCAUGCCUAUGAGAGAUCGUAUAGGAUCUCCAAUAUAAACUACAAUAUAACGUCUGGUAGUCGUUAUCCGAUGCCCGACAAAUCAGCUCCUGUUUACAUAACUGUUGGCGAUGGAGGAAAUCAGGAAGGUCUUGCUGUAAGGUUCUCCGAGCCACAACCAGACUACUCUGCAUUUAGGGAGGCCAGUUAUGGUCAUUCGACAUUGGAAUUGAAGAACAGAACCCAUGCAUUAUACCGCUGGAACAGAAAUGAUGAUGGGAAGCCUGUGCCUACUGACCAUGUUGUAUUUCACAAUCAGUACUGGGCAAGCAACACAAGGAGGAGGAGAUUGAAAAAACAUCGCCGAUCCCAAGCCAGUUACAUUGCCACGUACUAAGAAAUCUCAGGUGCUAUUGCACGAGAGUUCUGAGAGUGCACUAUGAAAAGCUGUGAAGUUUUUGUAUCUGUUCUUUCUUCAGACAUUUCUGCAAGAAAUUUUUAGCUAUUGGCCUGAAAUGAUUAAUUUAGCGAAUCUGAAUAUAACUUUAUUCUGUACAAUAGACGGUCUUUCAUGCGCAGUUUGGUAAAAACUUUUUGGCAAAGACAGUAUCUUAAGAUCACCU